UAAUCUUUGUGAAAAAACGAAUCUUCACUUUUUAUUUUAUUUUUUUUUGUUUUUCCGCAAAUGUUUAGAUCCUCCGUUCGUCUUCUCUAUAUAACCAGAAUCAGUUCUCCUCUGCUUCGACGUUCAUCAUCGCGUCUUCCUCUGUUUUCAUCGGCGAAACCUUUUCUCAAUUCUCAUCGGAUCACCCUUACUUCUCUUCCAAUCUUCGCAACGGGAGCUAAACUUUCUAGAUCGGAUCAUUCCAUGGCUGCUUCUUCCGAAUCCAAAUCUAUUUACGAUUUCACCGUCAAGGAUGCUAAGGGAAACGAUGUUGAUCUGAACAUCUACAAAGGGAAGGUUCUCUUGAUUGUGAACGUUGCUUCUCAAUGUGGAUUGACUAAUUCGAACUAUACUGAGCUUGCACAGCUUUAUGAGAAGUACAAAGACCAAGGUUUUGAGAUUCUUGCAUUCCCCUGUAACCAGUUUGGGAAUCAAGAGCCUGGUUCUAAUGAAGAGAUUGUUCAGUUUGCUUGUACCCGUUUCAAGGCUGAGUACCCCAUUUUCGACAAGGUUGAUGUGAACGGUGAGAAAGCUGCACCAAUCUACAAGUUUCUGAAAGCAAGCAAAGGCGGGCUUUUUGGAGACGGCAUCAAGUGGAACUUUGCUAAGUUCUUGGUUGACAAAGAUGGGAAUGUGGUUGACCGUUACGCGCCAACUACUUCUCCUCUCAGCAUUGAGAAGGACCUGAAGAAGCUGUUGGGAGUUAAAGCUUAAGGAAGGAAAAAAGGCUUAUUAUUAGACAAAUAAAAAAGCUCAUUAGUAUUGUUGUAUAACCAAUACUGUGUAGUAAGCUUGAGUUCGCGAGUGUCUCAAAUGGUUAUUUCCUCGGUACAACUAUAGUCCGUUUUUCAGCGGGCAAACCAUGUAAUAAUCGUACACCUAAAUAUUUGAUUUACCUUUUCACCUAUAAAAUCGAAAUAAAAUCA